CGUUCAACAAAUUCUCUUAUAUCCUAACAAUUCUACAAACCAGACGUGCAACUCGUUUCCCCUUUUCCAAUUUCGCUAAUGCUUUUUCUGUAAGAGGGCUAGAUGAAAAUGGAAAUUGUGAGUGGGAGGCGAAUAGCUAUAAUGGAAUGGGAGUCUGCGGCGAUAUCAACGGUGGACGUGGUGUUAGGGUUUUAGUGAUAGUAGAGAAUGAGGGGAGACGAGAGGACGGAGAGGGUGGUCUGCACUUCUGAAGGAGAGAGUACCGAAAAGGGUUUUUAAUACGAACAAUACAGCGUGGUCCUCGUGAGAAGUAGUGGAGCCAGCCAAUAAAACAACGUCGUUUUAAGAGUUUGGAAACAGUCUCUCUCAAAGAGCAGAAAACCCUCCACGUUAAAAGUAAACCCUAAACUCUCUCUCUCGCUCGCUCUCUUGAGAUCGAUACCAGCAUAUUCAUACGUAUGGCUGAACGCGACAAGUUAGUUUACGUUGCCAAGCUUGCUGAGCAGGCGGAACGCUACGAUGAGAUGGUUGAUGUCAUGAAAAAUGUGGCAAAACUUGAUGUGGAAUUGACAGUUGAAGAGCGUAAUUUGCUCUCAGUUGGGUACAAGAAUGUGAUCGGUGCUAGGAGAGCAUCAUGGAGAAUUUUGUCAUCAAUAGAACAAAAGGAAGAAACAAAAGGAAAUGAAGUUAGUGUGAAGCGAAUCAAGGAGUAUAGACAAAAGGUUGAAUCAGAGCUUACAAACAUCUGCAAUGAUAUCAUGAUCAUAAUAAAUGAGCAUCUAAUCCCAUCUGCUUCUGCAGGGGAAUCAACAGUGUUCUUUUAUAAGAUGAAGGGAGAUUAUUAUCGUUAUCUUGCAGAAUUCAAAACUGGUAAUGAAAAGAAGGAUGCUGCUGAUCACUCAAUGAGAGCAUAUGAGACAGCUAUCACUGCUGCAGAGGCUGAGUUGCCUCCCACACAUCCUAUCCGAUUGGGUUUGGCAUUGAAUUUCUCAGUAUUUUAUUAUGAGAUCUUGAAUUCACCUGAGAGGGCAUGCCACUUUGCAAAGCAAGCUUUUGAUGAAGCAAUCUCAGAGCUUGAUAAUUUGAAUGAGGAAUCAUAUAAGGAUAGCACCUUAAUAAUGCAGCUUCUCAGGGACAACCUGACAUUGUGGACUUCUGACAUCCCAGAGGAUGGAGAAGAUGCCCCGAAAAUCAAUGGCACUGCCAAAGUAGCAGGGGCAGAGGAUGCAGAGUGAUGCAUGCCUCCCUACAUGGGUAAAGGAUGAUGAGACCUGAUUUUCUGUUGUGGUGUCCAGUGAAAAACGAAUAAUCACGGAUUUUUCUUUGUUUGCAUUUCUAUUUCCCAAGUGCCAUAAUGUUUUGUGAUUUGUAGUGAUGUCUGGACAUGGUUAGUCUGACUUCCUGUGCCCAAAGGAUUCCUCUUUAGUUGUGGUGGAUGGAGUGUAGAGCAUUGGCAUGCUUGCUGAGGUGGUUUUUCUUGCAUUGUUGUAACAGUAUAAGAAACAUGUCGAUUUUCCUCACAAAUCCAGAAGUUUGAAGCCUGAUACCUGUUUAUAUUUAAUCUGUAUUCAUAACAACCUACGUGUUUUCUACUGUUGUCGCUAUAAUGGCUGAAAAUUUGUGCAUUGUGAA